UACACGCGUGCGCGCCAGCUGAGCUGAGCUGAGCUGAGGUGAGCGGCGCCGAUAGCGCGGGCGGGCGGCGCUUUACUCUGCUCCGAGCUAAAAACAGCCGCCUCCUAAUAAAGCCACGGAGCCGGGACGCCGCUGCCGGCCCCGCGCGCCCUAUAAAGCCGCUCCCCGCCGGGCGGCCGCGCUUUGGCUGCCCCCGCCCUGCGCCAGGCGAUCAGCGGCAGCGACACGCCAGAGAGGCCGCUCCCGCUCCCGAUUCGGCGAGAUGCCCCGUGUAGACGCAGAUCUCAAGCUGGACUUUAAAGAUGUCCUGCUCAGACCCAAGAGAAGCAGCCUCAAAAGCCGAUCAGAGAAUACAGAGUGAAAUCCUUAUCCUACAGAAUUCGGUGGAAAUUUUAUCAGACUUCAGUGGAAAUUCACUGUUGAGCUUAAGAGGCAACAAACUGGUAGAUCUCAUGCGUUCCUUCACAUUCCGCAACUCUAAGCAAAGCUAUACCGGGAUCCCCAUUAUCGUGGCGAACAUGGACACUGUGGGCACGUUUGAGAUGGCAGAGGUUAUGACUAAACAUUCAAUGUUUACUGCUAUCCACAAGCAUUAUUCUCUAGAAGACUGGAAAUUGUUUGCAGCCAAUCACCCAGAAUGCCUUGAGCAUGUAGCCGUGAGUUCAGGCAGUGGACAGUCUGACUUGGAGAGAUUGACAAGUAUCAUAGAGGCCAUUCCACUGAUCAAAUACAUUUGCCUGGAUGUGGCCAAUGGCUAUUCGGAGCACUUUGUGGAAUUUGUGAAAAAUGUCCGUGCCAAGUUUCCAAGUCACACCAUCAUGGCAGGUAAUGUGGUGACAGGAGAGAUGGUGGAGGAACUUAUUCUUUCUGGAGCAGACAUUAUUAAAGUUGGUAUUGGGCCCGGUUCUGUAUGCACUACCAGGAUUAAGACAGGUGUGGGCUACCCUCAGCUGAGCGCUGUGAUCGAGUGUGCAGACUCAGCCCAUGGUCUGAAGGGGCAUAUCAUUUCAGAUGGAGGCUGCAGCUGUCCAGGAGAUGUCGCCAAAGCUUUUGGAGCUGGUGCAGAUUUUGUCAUGCUUGGGGGGAUGUUUGCAGGCCAUGAUCAAUGUGCUGGAGAGAUCAUGGAAAAAAAUGGAAGGAAGGUGAAGCUGUUCUAUGGGAUGAGCUCUGGUACAGCUAUGAAGAAGCAUUCAGGAGGAGUUGCUGAAUACAGGGCUUCGGAAGGCAAGACCGUGGAAGUGCCUUACAGAGGGGAUGUGGAAAACACCAUCCUGGACAUCCUGGGCGGGCUGCGCUCCACUUGCACGUAUGUGGGAGCUGCCAAGCUCAAAGAGCUGUCCCGAAGGACAACAUUUAUCCGAGUCACCCAGCAGCAUAACCAGGUGUUUUUGUAGCCUUGGACUGGGGGGACUGUGCAGUAGUCCUGUCACCUCUCCUUUCUCUCUCCUACCAGGUUUUUUAUUACAGCUUUGCAGUGGCAAAUUCCUCAGGGCUGUGGAAUUGGCUGGAGGGGAGGUGGGGCGGGGUAAUUGCUGCUAUAAGUGGAAUUGAAGAGGAGAAGGGUGUGCCUUCAGACACAGCACCAUAUAGAUUUUUUGGUUCAAGAUGCAAUAGCCCCAUCUUUUAAAGCCAUGUCUAUUGUUUUGUUUUUUGUUUUGUUUUGUUUUACUUUAGGUUCUCCCCGCCCCUUCCCCUUUCAUUUUUCUCUGAAAAUAGCUACCAAAGCCUCCAUUUGCAAUGGAUGAGCCUGUACAGACUAGGUUUGUAUUGGUCAUACUGGCCACUACAACCAGUGGUACUUGUUUUAAGAACAUCCUCCCAACUUUUAAUGUUGACUGGCCAACUUGGCACUGCCACAGGAGAGAGAAACUGCAGACUGAGAAGGCAGAGGGGUGCAGAGGGUCAGUUUGCAUAACCAGAAAUUAAAGCCGUGCUUCUUGACCAUUGAAGUUUGCUGCUGGGGUCCCGGCCCUUGGGGAACAAAUUGGAGUGACGGCUCUGUGGACCAGGGUCGCCACUGCAUUUUCACUGUGAUGUUAAAGACACUGAAUCUAUAGCACUGUUGGUUCACAUGCCUUUCAGGGGCUUUUUUCUUUAAAUCAACAUCUUUAAUGGACUUGCCUCUUCAGAUGCUGGCAUGUUCUUGCUUUACCCUUACCUCCAAGGGAAGCAUUUAAAAAUAUAUAUAAUAUAAGUGUGCCUUUUUUGUUUGAUGCAUGCAGUCAUUACAUUCUUUGGGCCUGUCUCUGCAAACAAGUUAUUUUAAGGUAUAGAAACCUUCCCAGUAAGUGAGCCCAGGGAGCUGGCUUCUUCACAGCCUCAUAUGGCCUCAUCACUUUGUGCAGUGAUUUAAACCUACACAAAUGGACUGGGACUUUGUGCCCACUUAUCUACCCGUUGUGCAAGGCUUCUGUGGGUAUGUCUACACCACGUUGCUGAUGCUCCCAGGAAGAGUUGUCCUUCCCACCUGUGGCAGCUUGUAGCAUCAAACCCAGAAACAUGCCAGGGAAGUAGCUCUUGGACAUCCCCCUGCCAAGAGCUGCCCUCAUGACCUGUUUCCUUGAGAGCAGCUAUCCCCACCUCAUUUCCAAGCUUGAUAUGCAUGUGCAGGUGGGAGUAGCAGGCAGGCUGUGCUCAAGGGUGGCCUUCUCUGAGCACUGCAGAGACACGGUGUAGAAGUGUCCCCUGUAUCAUGCUGGAGUGGCUGACUUCACUUCUUUGUUACACUUCUGCCACUCUUUGAAAGACAUUGGCCUAAUUAAGAGCAAAAAUUGGCCCCCAGCAGAAUUACAAAAGACUUAAUCGCAAGAAGCCAGUAGUCUGAUCCUGAGCAAAAGCAGGUGCUAUGAAGGCAAUAAUGAAUAUUUUAGACUCUGGAUAACACUCUAAUAAACUGUAAUGGUAUGCUAAUUAAUUGAUAAAUCUCAAUGAAAGUUCUUUUGAAGUACACAUUGCCUCCACACAAAUACCACAGUAGUUCAUUAUGAUAAAUGUUACUUAGAGUGGAUACCAAUGAAUUAAUAAUAACCAGCCACUUAUUUUAAAGUCUCACUGAGAUAACAAUACAGAUGGAAACUGAAGUAACUUCAGAGCCUUUCUCCCCAUCCUGUAAGUACCUGUGGAAAGAUAGAGGCCUCCUUUGAAAAGCAAAACUGUGGAAGAGGAGCAUAGAGGAAAACAAAUGGAAUUUAUCUGGCAAUUCUUUAUUGUUUCAAAGAAAAAAAGGAGUCUGUACAAGUGAGCAUGCUAAGGAACACAUCUCAUCCACAAGCUGGACCCUGAUGAUUGUAAUCAGGUUUUGCAUAGUAGAAAAAGCAUGAAAGAUCUUUCCAAGAGACUGAAGGCAGGUGCUUUACAAAAAUAUUUUAAAGUUUGUGGGCCUGUUUUUAAUUUCAUUGCUCUGCUCCAGGCUGGUAAAGGGGCCUUAACAUGAGGAUGUUUUUCACUGACUUGAAGGUCCAUUCACACUGCCAGAAUGGCAUUAAGGCACUUAAGUGUGAAUGAUACUCAGGUCCUAUAAAUAAAAUACCCAAUAUUAGUUCCCUCUGACAUUUCCUUUUCUAUCAGAGGUGGAGGAACCAUAGAAAGGCAGAUGAAUGGCUUCAUUACUAUAAAUAAAACUGCUGUGGGCCAAAUGCAGUUCUCAUUUGUGCGGAUGUAAACCCCGGUGUAAUCCUACUGAAAUAAGUGACAUCACUCGGAAUUGACAUGGGUAUAACUAAAGGCAGAACACGUUCCCCCCUUCAUGCCUCAUGUAAAGGUAUUUGCAUAAAGGUAAAGCAAAACCACUAUGAGGCAUAAGGAUGUGUUGCAUGUAUAUCCAUAUUUCCAUCCUACUGCCUUCACACUUGAGAAGUGCAGCAGUUCACUAGACUCUCACUAGUUGCUGUUGCUUCUGUACUUUUUCUGGCUGCCUUCAUCAAUGAAAUGUAAAAGAACUAAACAGUUUGUAAUUUUUUUUCAGCAAUCACUCAUUUAAAAAAUAGCUGCUUACUGUACCUUUUAGAACAGCUUUCCCAAAGCCAUUCUGCACUGCCUGUGCCCUGGCUCUUCUCCAAACAGGUUUCAAGUGGGAGAUAUGUUCCACUCACUUCAGCCUCAUGUUUGCAAAGGUGUAAACCAGUAGUUCUCAACCUUUUUUUUCCCCAACCAGCAGCUGGGAGUGGAGUGCGGCAGUGGCGGUGGCCUGGGGGUGGGGGAGCUCCCAGCACACGGCGUGACUUGUCUUUUGUGUGCGGCACCGCUGGCAUUGCCCCCGCAACCCUCAUUUGGGUCGCGACCUGGGGUUGGGAACUGCUGGUAAAAACAAAGGCUAGGGGAGAAUGAAGUCCCAUAUUUUUUUAGAAGCCAGUUGUAUCCUACAGGUUGUAGAUUGCCAUGGAAUUACUAGGAGUCAAUGAUAUCACCUUGAAUUUUUUUCAUGGCAUACUUUACUGUCUUUUGGAUGUGUGCUGGUUUCCAUGACAAGAGACAUAAGCAACAGAUGGCAGGCAGCCUCAAAGAGGUUAACUGGCUACGUGUCAUCCUGUGGUAUUAUACCAGUUGCCUGUCCAGUGGAAACCUUCAGUCGAUCAACUGCCUUCAUUUUGGGUGCCUCUCUUAUGAAUAUAUGUGCACGCACACAUACACAUUUCCAAGUGGAACAAAGAAAUCAGCAUGAGCCUCACUGCAGGACCACUUCUGUGAAGAGAUAGGUCCCUUCAACCUCCCUAGCACCCAGCCCCCCCCCAAGUUAGAAGCCAGUCCUCAUCGACUUAAGUGCUACUUCGCCCCGCAGGAUUAGACCACCCAAAAAAAGGCUCUAUUAGAAAUGCUAACAAACUCAUGUACCAUUCAUAGAGCUACCUCACCUCAACACCUCUCCAUUUCCUAGCGUCCUUCUGCAGGGAAUGUCUUUGCGAUGCCUUAUUGCUGUGCUGCUAUGCAUGAAUGGCUAUCAUUCAGCUUCCAAAAAACGAAUACCCGGCACUUUGCGGGUGUCCUAAGCAGUAGCUGUCCCUUGAAUUGGGCCAAAGUCCCACUUGCUUUCCUCACCCUUGCAACUCCACCAAGUUUAAAGCACCAACAUGAUGUCACAAUCUGGCUCAUGGACUCAUCAAGGUGUAGUUAACAUGGCACAUUCCUAUAAAAAGAAAGGUGGAUUUCAAGUAAUUAAUAUAUUUGUGUUAGUAGCUUUAGUCAGCAUAGAAUACAUUUAAAGCUGAAGCAUAAGCACCUCUACUUCUUCCACAGCAGGUGUGACAGUAAGAUAGGCCAGGAAGUAGUCUGUAGGCUGCAAGGCCUACCUCAGCCCCUAGGGGUUGCAUGCAGCCAAUUCGAAGCGUAUGGUCCAUCAGCAUACUGAGCUACCCAGUGUUUGCUAUGACCGGGCCCACAGUAUCCCUAGGGUUAUGCCAGUAGGCACGUCAUGUUUGACAUGGUUCUCGCACUAAGUGCUGGAUUUAACCCACUUUCUUGUUGGAUUAUAAGCAGGGACAGUUCUAGUUUGGGACAAGUUUUGGUGUAAGGAAUAUGCCUGCUCAGUCAUUUCCUCAGUUCUGUCAGGGAUGGGACAAGUAAGAGCAUUCUCUGUCCUCCCCAAGAUACAUCCUGAAACCGCCACUGGAUAUGUUUUUAUCCAUGGGCACUUGCUUACGAUCUCAGAACACCUGCUUAGCCUAAUUCCCUUGCUUUCCCAACAAUUUUGCCUUGGUCUAGCCCCACGGACUUCUGUAGUCACUCCUGUCUGUUGCCAGUGUAAGUGCUCAAUCAGCCCCUCCCCUUUGCCUCUGACACCCUGGUAAACCAAAUCCUGUCCUCUUGAAGCAAAUAGGAAUUUUGCAACUCACUUCAGUGUGCACAGGAUUUGGCCUUUCUUGUGUAGAAGGGGAAAAUAAGGCCUAUGAGUAAUCAUUUGCUUGCACCUCUGCACUUCUAUGGCCAGCCAGCUGUGAAAGGCGCUUGUUUGCCUUGUUUGGAAGUGAUGUGUUUUGGGGUUUGUUUGUUUUUUGAGGUUGAUCGGUUAAGUGUUUUGAAUUUGUCGUGGUACUACCUGUCAUGUGACUUGUGCCAGAAGUGUCCUAGUCAAUACUGUCUGCUGUCAACACAGGUUAAUUAUGUCUCCUCUUAGACAUCAUUCUUUUUUGAAUACAUCCACACAUUUAGGCCUGUCCUCUGGUUGUGACUCCACAGCGUCAACAAUACACUGCUUACCUGGAUAAAGCUGCCAAACGUAAAUCAUCCAGAAGCCAACAUUCCUUUGUGAAAUGUAAUGUCUGUGAUAAUCUUAAAAGACCACACGCACUCAGUCAAGCAGCAUGAAUAGACUUUAAAUGUUUUCAUGCCCCCUGUAUGGCCAUCACUGAGAUGAUUGUGUCAGAUACCAUCUUUCUCCAUUUGUAGCAAAGCCAUGUACAGAAUGCAUUCUGUCUCAAAGAGCUUGCAUGUUUAAAGUGAUCAUUUGUUGUAUACUGGCUGUUCUGUUAUGAAAUAAACCAUUGUUGUCCAGAAAGGGUUAUGCGCUGUAAAGGGAUUGUAUAAACCUGUAUGUAUCAUAUAUUAUGGAUAAAAGCAAACUCUAUAAAAACUUAUUGCUGGGGUUAAAACUUGAAGGGUGAAAAAUUAAAUGGAUAAACUGCUGUUUCAUAGGAAAA